AUGAUGUGGGAACUGCGCUCCAUCGCCUUCAGCAGGGCCGUCCUGGCGGAAUUCCUGGCCACUCUGGUCUUCGUGCUCUUUGGUGUGGGUACAGGCUGCCUUUUCCCAGCUCUGCCUUGGCCAAGCCACAAUUCCCAGGUUGCUGAAGUGCUGCACAAUGAGACCACGACAGGGCAGGCGGUGACGGUGGAGCUGUUCCUCACCUUCCAGCUGGUCCUGUGCGUCUUUGCUUCCACGGACGAGCGGCGUGAGGACAACCUGGGCUCCCCUGCCCUCUCCAUCGGCCUCUCUGUGGCCGUGGGGCACCUCCUCGGGAUCCGUUACACCGGCUGCUCCAUGAACCCCGCCAGGUCCUUCGCCCCCGCCGUCGUCGUUGGAGACUUCAGUGACCACUGGGUGUUCUGGGUGGGCCCCCUGAUUGGGGCUGCAGCGGCCUCCAUCCUCUACAACUUCGUGCUGUUCCCACAGGCCAAAACGCUCUCGGAGCGCCUGGCCAUCCUCAGGGGCUGCGAGCCUGAGCAGGACUGGGCCGAGCGCGAGGCCCGGCGGCGCCAGUCCGUGGAGCUGCACUCGCCCCAGAGCCUGCCCAGGGGCAUGUCUGAGAAGGUGUAG